AUGAUACUUACGACACUUCCUCGGCCCAAAAUCGCUGUAGCUAUUGGAUCAGUCUUUCUAAUAGCAGUAUUCCUCCUCUACUCAAGGGCGUUGCCGUACCCAGUCUUGGCAAGCCAGAAGCAUGCGCUGCUAGAGACAGAAGAUGCGGGCUUAGCCUUUCCCUACGACCCCGUGCCGCGGCGCGACUUUGCCUCUCUGUCCAGAUACCCGGCGCAAAAUGCAAACGAGCCGUCCAAGUUUGCCUUCUCCACGCUGUAUUGUAGCCGGAAUCCCGACGUUCGCGGCCCAUAUUUUGAGUCUACACAGUCCAUCAUCUGGCGGAUUCUGUGGUCGGAAUACAGAUCUAAAUACCCCAUCAUCAUCUUUGUCUGUCCCUUCAUCCCCGAGAAGAACCGCCAGAUAUUCAGAGGACAAGGCGCAAUUGUAAAGGAGAUUGAGCUGCUGGACAACAUCAUACCUGACGACAAGAUCUCGACAAAGCGAUGGAUAGACGUGCUGUCGAAGCUGAAUCUGUGGAAGCAAAUCGAGUGGAAGCGCAUCGUAUUCCUCGAUUCAGACGCCUUCCCCGUAAUGAACAUUGACGACAUUUUCGACCUCCCAGAGCAGCAGUGCAAAAAAGACGCACUGCUCCCAGAGGACAAGGCUGUUGUAGACAGCGAAAGGGGCAAAGACAUGUGCAGCUACAUCUACGCCGGCGUGCCGCACUUCACCAUUGACAACAUCAACGCCGGCAUGUUCAUCAUGAAGCCGAAUCUCGAUAUGCACGCCAAGCUCAUCAGGGCGGCGAAACGAACAGAGGACUAUGACGUGCGGUACAUGGAGCAAGGUGUGCUGGGGUCCAAGAACGCCUUUGCGGAAGAGGGUCCGUUCCCGGUGAACCGGCUGCCGUCAGUCUGGAACACGGUCCCGGAGUAUUAUAAGGAGCACCUCAACAAGGGACCAGGAUCAACCGAGCCGCCGAUACGGAUUCUGCACGCAAAGAUGUGGAACCGGUUUUGGGGCUCGUGGAACAACUUGACGCAUCUAAACGACGUGUGGGAUCUGGACUGGAUGAAGAUGUGCAGGUUCUUUGAUUCAGACGAAUUCCUCCAGGCGAGGACUACGGGCGUGUAUGAGACACCGUUGGAGAAAUUUGUAAAGGCCCAGGCUCAGGCUCAGGCUCAGCAGAACCAAAGUCAGAGUCAGAAGCAGGGCAUGGCGUCAUAG